CUUUGCUUGCUUGUGGCGUCUUCCAAAAUACGCCAGCCUUACCACGCAGUUUUACAACACUCGUGGCAUCUGACGCCUAAAUGCUGCCAGCUGCGUCUGCGCUGUUUGACCAACGCUUCAUCACCAGCGCGGUCGCAAGCCCAGCGCAGUCCUUCGUAGUGUCGCCUGACCUCUAUCGCAGAUCUGCAUCCACCCUUCUAUUGGGUAUCAUAGGCUCAGUGCUUAUGUCUCGCCGUUUUCAUCCAGUAUACACUGAUCACAGAAAUAUUGUGCAUGUUCUAUACGAUGUCCUACCCACAGCGCUACCUCAUACGUGGGCAGCUACACACGCCCGUUCACUUUACCGAUGGCUUUGCGACUCCUCUUCAGCUACGCCGCGAGUGCGCUAGACACCCGCACAUACAGGUAUGGCAACAACGCGCACGCGGACACUUCGGCCACCGCAGCGCAGCGCACACUGUUGCCCCCGACGCCAGCUCCGUUAGUCACGCUCUCAAUGAUAAUUAUGAUACGCAUGCCUACAUCGAGUCCAACGUUUCAACUUGUGUAUUACGUGCUUUGGAACGUGCUGACUACUUCCGGACUAUUGCCCUGCACAAACUCUAACACUAGCACUUUACGACAGCCAUCUCCUGCCGAAUCCCCGUAUACACGGACUUCUAGUUCAUUCUCUGCUGUCGUGCAGCUUUAUGCCCGUUCUUCGCAGUUUGACACGCGUGAGGGUACAUAUGGCAUCGCCGUUUCGGUGAUUCACCAAGCCUGUGUCAUUUCGAGGCUAUUGAAAGCGCUCAUCGCAUUUCCCGGCCUUUGCGGCUAUCCGUCGUGCGCAGCUCCGGGAAACUACUCCUAUCAUGGAGGUCUUUGGCUCGGCUGCGGAGCGAUUAUUUUCAGACGACGAGGGGCUUUGGCCACAACAUUAUACCCGUUUUUAUAUGGGUGUCUCACCCCCACUCUCGGGCACUUUCUCAUCAGACAAUGUAGGCAUUUUAUUCCCGCGUCUGUGGAUAGCAGUGGAAUCUAGAUUGUUCUCCAGAGUAGCGCAGGUAUGGUACGUGCAUGGUAUUCGUCCGAUACAGGACAUAUUUGGGGUGAAUAUAAGCGCCGUGUUCGAGCGCAGUCUGCUCUUGC